UUCCUAGUGUGUUAACGCCGUUUGAUUUACGCUUCAGAGUGUUUUAUUCUAAGUCUCUGAUCAGAAUAAGGACAGUGACUUCCCAGAAUGUUGCUGAUUCUUUUCUCUAUCUCCCUGUGUUUUUCCUGGGUCUCUUCCGACAGGAAUAAAUUUAUGGUAAUGUACUUAGCCACCUCUGGCACCACUGAUUUACCUGAGUAUGUUGGAGUGGGAAUGAUCGACGGAGUUCCGGUGGCCUAUUAUGACAGCAGUGCCCCUCGCAUAGUCUCCCGACAGCAGUGGAUGACAGAUGCCUUUGAUGAGGAAUACUGGGAAUAUCUCACAAAUCGAGGGAAUAAACAUUGUGCCAUUGCAAAGGAGAACCUGAAGACGAUAAUGAAGAGUACAAACCAGACAUCCGGAAUUCACAUUUUCCAAUGGAUAAGGAGUGUUGAAAUAAAUGACGAUGGCUCCAUUAAGACAUCAAUGCGAUUUGGAUUUGAUGGAAAUGAUCUUAUUAGUUUAGAUCCAGACAGAAUGAGAUGGGUCGCAUCAAAUCACUUUGCAGUGAAGACUGCGGAAAAAUGGAAUUCAGACAAAGCCUGGAACAAAUACUGGAAAUGGCAGUUGGAAAUAGAACUUGUUGAGCGUUUAAAACUACGCUUACACUUUGGAAAGGAAUAUCUCAAAAGGAAAGUUCAGCCUGAAGUGUUCAUCUCCAGAAAUGAGCCCAAUCAUCAGGACAAGCCGCUCACUCUCUCCUGCCUGGUCACUGGAUUUUAUCCUGUAGACAUCAAGGUGACCUGGCUAAGGAAUGGAGAGGUUGUGUCUGAGAUACAAUCCUCGGGGAUUCGACCGAACCAUGAUGGGACCCAUCAGAUCCAGAAAGAGAUUGAAAUCAGUGCUGGGGAUGAGGAUCAAUAUUCCUGUCGAAUUGAACACAGCAGCCUGGCAGAGGCCAAGCUCUAUCAGUGGGAAAACCCAGGAAAUGGCACCAGACACUUGCAUCUUGAAAUAACAGGAUUUGUGAUCAUUCCCCUGGCUGUUAUAGUCGGAAUAAUUAUAUUAGUAAUGUGGAAAAGGACUCAGAGAGAUAAAACUCGAAACCUACAGCAACAAUGCCAGAGGAAUUCUGAGGAAGAACAUCAAACAAUUCCCACGCAACCAUUUCUGGAAACAGAGCCCACCCUCCAUCAAUAGGAAGCCACGGAUAAUAAUGUGGGACUGGAGCUAAUCCCGUACAUGGCUCGAAACUGAGCCUGCUCAGAGAGAUUCACAACCUGAAAUCUGACCCAUUUGGAGGUAACCAAACUCCUAGUGAGCGAGAACUGAGUCUGGUUCUGACAGACAAUACAAUUUCUGUAGAUGAUGUAAUUACAGUAACAAGUAAUCCCGGUAAUAUUCUGCUAAUCAACUGCAAAGAACGGGGAAUAACAUUGAUUUUACUGAGUCACUGUGGUCAUAUUGAAAAGCUUCCUGGAACUAACCCAGAAAGGGAAGAAAAUCAGAUCCUCAAGAAUUAGGAGGAGCUGAGCAAUUGCAAGGAGAGAAUAAUGAAUGAGAAUAACAAGCUGGUUCACAAAGGAAAGGAAGGUCUGAAAACAUUUACAAUGGUAUUAAAAUAGAAGUCAUUUCCAAUACAGGUUUGGAGAAAAUGUGGUUUUCAAUGUCUCAAUCAGUGGUGAAAAAUGAUUAACCACAAGCAUUUGGAAGGUAGGAGAUUGAAUCCAAUGCUGCAUUUGAAGGAGAGACAGUUUUGAUAAAUAUUACUGAUAUAUGCAACACACUGUGUCAUUCUAGAAAGGUUGCCUGAAAGAAUAAGUUCACCAACACUGUGAAGCCACAAACCAUGAAUAUGUCCCUCUGCUAUGCUCUCUCACACUGAACAUUCUCCUUGGGAUUAUCACCCAUGAGAGGGCAACACUGAAGGAUAUAACACCUCCAAUUGAUGAGAAGUCAAUGACCGGGAUCAUUCUGGCAUUUAAAACAAAACUGGAAGACAAGAUACAGAUUCCACAGGAGAUACUGGGACCUGUUGCUUUUCAGUCUGAAAAAAUUAACUCGAGGACUUUAAAAAAGAAGCUGAAAAUAUUAUCAGAACAAAUGAUCUGACUGAAAGCGUUAAAAGAUUAGGAGUAGGACAUUGCUGAGAAAAUCACUUCUUUCCCUACAGAUCCAUCCAGUGAAUUGUACACAAUGUUAUGUGGCUGUGGGGUGCAGUGCCCUUUCUGUGGUGUCCUGUGUGAUUGUACAAACAGGGAGCACUCACAGCACAGUGCUGAAUAUCACCAGAACUAAGGGCUAAAUGGAUACGGAAGCAACAUUAAUGAGAAGUUAAUUUCAGAUAAUUAUACUACUGUUGCCAGUUUCAUAAAUAAGGACAUCAAAUGGAAUCUGCUUUUUGAUAAGGCCUUCAGAGAUCUCAGUGACCAGUGCAGACUCUGGAAUGUGCCUUCUGAUAGCAGCAUCAAAACAUCAGCCUUUUGGAAGAAAGGCAGAAAACAUUCAGCCGAUCUGGGAGCAUCACUGGGAAGACAAACAGUGUUAAAGUCUCAGGAGAUUAUUUCUCAUCUAAACUGGGGCAAGUCUGACGUGAUAUUUUUAUGUAGAUGAAAUGGAAAAGGUGGGAAAAUCUGUGAUGGGGUGUAAAGUAGGAGACAUAAAAUGACAAAAGAAUUUGUGUUGCAAAGAGUACCGCAAUAGUACUGAGUAAAGAAGUAAGAAGUGAGUCUGCUGUAUAUGCCUCAUGAACACUGUGUCAUUUUUUUUAAGAAAAUGUUGCUGUUUCAUAGCUUGUAUCUUUAGGGUAUAAAGAUCUCAUACUCCAUCUUACCUCAGAUGACUUGAAGCAUGACAUGGAUGGGCAGUUUGCUCCUCUGCUGUAAUCUAAGAGUUUAAUGUUAGGCCAGACACCUAUGUGCCUGAGAAUGCAAUAAUUGUACAUAAUAGUCAGCUGUAAUCAGCAUGUGUUGUAUUUUUCAAUAUCACAAUAUCCGUGUUCAGUUUCUUCUGUUAUGGGAGACAACAUAAGCUUGCAGUAUCCAAUAAAAACACCUUAUUGCAGGCAAACCCUCAGUGCAGUCGACAGGAGGAUGAAUGAUGAAUUAUGAGCAUCCCAAAACAAAGGUAAGAAAAAUAAAAUUAAGGCUGAAAUUGCAAACAAAAGAAAGCAAAAUUGUGGUACGGAAAUUGCAGUCCACGUUUUUUUACUGGAGGACAGGUGCCUAAUAUUACUGAGUAAAAUAUAGUAUUGUUAUUUUAGUGCCUCCUGUUUUACUCUGAGAUCUUCCUGCAAAUGAGAUAUACUGCUCUGACCCAUCUUAAUUACGUCAAAAUAAA